AUGCUCUUUGCAUGGGCAGAACUUGGGCACGAUGGUGCUUGUGUAGGACUUUCCGAGCCAGGAGGACGAAGAGGUCCCAAUAGGACAUCCUACUGUCGGAACCCUCUCUGUGAGCCAGGACCCUCAGGAGGCUCUGGUGGGGGCCACACCUCCAGUGCAUCAGUCACCAGUGUUCGUUCCCGUGCCAGGUUUGGAAUGUACAUUCCGUUCCUGCAGCUGAACUGUGACCUUCGAAAGACAAACCUCUUCAGCAACAUGGUCUCCAUGGGUCCUCGGGAGGCUGUCAGUGGACUGGCAAGGAGCCGGGACUACCUGCUGACACUAUGGGAAACGUGGAAACAGCACACUUGACAGUUGUAUGGCCCAGAGGCCAUGCCCACCUAUGCCUGUUGCCUGUCUCCCAGCCUCAUCCACAGUGAGGUGGAAUACCUCAAGAUGGACUUCAACUGGCACAUGAAGGAAGUGCUGGUCAGCUCCAUGCUGAGUGCCUAUUAUGUGGCAUUUGUACCUGU